CAACAUGUUGGAGACCGUGGCCGAGCUGUUCCCCUCAGAGUUAACUUUUUAAUCCCGGUUUUGUCGCGUUAUCGCACACAAGAGGAGGAGGCGGAGGAGGUCGGGGGAGAGAAAAAAAAAGGGGGCUAACAAGUCAGUCAUGGUAUGAGGUUAGCGUGAAAGCCGGAGCGUCCUCUUGCAACUCAAGCCCGUUGAUAUUUAACUGGGGAGAAUAAGAAGAGGGAGUAGGGAAAGGGAAGCCCGGAGAAGCGAGAGAAAAGCGGGGUACAAGAUGCAGCUGGCCGCGGUGCUGUGGGGCUCCCUGAUAACUUUGCUGCUCAGCCAGAGUCCAGUGCUUCCCACCUGCUCGCCGCUGGACUUCCACUGCGACAACGGAAAAUGUAUUCGUCGCUCCUGGGUGUGUGACGGGGACAACGACUGCGAGGACGACUCCGACGAACAGGACUGUCCUCCCAGGGAAUGCGAGGAAGAUGAGUUUCACUGCCAAAAUGGCUACUGUAUUCGCAGCCUCUGGCACUGCGAUGGCGACAACGAUUGUGGGGACAACAGUGAUGAACAGUGUGACAUGCGUAAAUGUUCGGACAAGGAGUUCCGCUGCACAGAUGGCAGUUGUAUUGCUGAGCACUGGUACUGUGACGGAGACACAGACUGUAAGGACGGGUCAGACGAGGAAAACUGCCCCUCAGAUGUGAUGGCAGCCACCUGCAGCGUGGAGGAGUUCCAGUGCGCGUACGGCCGCUGCAUCCUGGACAUCUACCACUGUGACGGAGACGACGACUGCGGAGACUGGUCGGACGAGUCGGACUGCUCUUCCCACCAGCCCUGCAGAUCAGUUGAAUUCAUGUGCAGCAGCGGGAUGUGCAUCAACGCCGGCUGGAGGUGUGACGGUGAAUACGACUGUGAUGACCACUCAGACGAGAAGAACUGCACCACGUCCAUGUGCACGGCCGACCAGUUCCGCUGUGGAACUGGACGCUGCGUCCGGUUGUCAUGGAAAUGCGAUGGGGAGGAUGACUGCUCUGACCACAGCGAUGAAGAGGGCUGUGAGAGAACUGAGAGUCCCCCGUGUGCUCCUGAUCAGUUCCAGUGUGGGAAUGGACGCUGUAUCGGUCAGAGGAAGGUGUGUAACGAGGUCAGCGACUGUGGAGACGGCACCGACGAACACCCACACCAUGACUGCCGUCCGCGCUCCAAUGAGGGCAACUGUAACCAGAAUAACGGAGGCUGCUCCCAGAAGUGUCAGAUGGUCAGAGGACUGGUCCAAUGCACCUGUCACACUGGAUACCGACUGAUGGACGAUGGCAAAGCCUGCCAGGAUGUCGACGAGUGUGCUGAGGAAGGCUACUGCAGCCAGGGCUGUACCAACACUGAGGGGGGGUUCCAGUGCUGGUGCGUUCAGGGCUACGAGCUUCGACCUGACAAGCGCAGCUGCAAAGCUCUGGGUCCAGAGCCGGUGCUGCUGUUCGCCAACCGUAUCGACAUCCGUCAGGUUUUGCCGCAUCGCUCCGAGUACACCCUGCUACUCAACAACCUGGAGAACGCCAUUGCCCUGGACUUCCACCACAGCCGCGAGCUGGUCUUCUGGUCAGAUGUGACGCUGGAUCGUAUCAUGAAGGCCAACCUCAACGGCUCCAACGUGGAGGAGGUUGUGUCCACCGGUCUGGAGAGCCCAGGUGGACUGGCCAUAGACUGGAUCCAUGACAAGUUGUAUUGGACAGACUCGGGGACAUCCCGUAUCGAGGUGGCCAACCUGGACGGGACACACCGCAAAGUGCUGCUGUGGCAGAACAUGGAGAAGCCCCGAGCCAUUGCGUUACACCCGAUAGAGGGUAAGAUAUACUGGACUGAUUGGGGCAACACACCUCGUAUCGAAUACGCCAACAUGGACGGCUCCAACCGGCGGGUCAUCGCAGACACAAACCUGUUCUGGCCCAAUGGCCUCACCAUUGACUACGCCGGCCACCGCAUGUACUGGGUGGAUGCCAAGCACCAUGUCAUCGAGAGGGCCGACCUAGAUGGACGCAACCGCAAGGCCGUCAUCAGCCACGGCCUGCCCCACCCGUUCGCCAUCACGGUGUUUGAGGACAGCCUCUACUGGACUGACUGGCACACCAAGAGCAUCAACAGUGCCAAUAAAUUCACUGGCAAGAACCAGGAGAUUAUCCGCAACAAGCUGCACUUCCCCAUGGACAUCCACACCCUGCACCCCCAGAGGCAGCCCGCAGGUGGCAGGAACCACUGUGGCAGCAACAACGGAGGCUGCAGCCACCUGUGUCUCCCCAGAAACAAGACGUUCACCUGUGCCUGUCCCACCGGCUUCAAGAAGGUGGACCACUACAACUGUGCCGAUGGUCUUGACAAGUUCCUGCUUUUUGCCCGAAGGACGGACAUCCGACGAGUCAGCUUUGAUACAGAAGACAUGUCUGAUGAUGUUAUCCCUCUGGCUGACGUGCGCAAUGCCGUGGCGCUGGACUGGGACGCCAAAGACGGCUACAUCUACUGGACGGAUGUCACCACCGACUCCAUUAACAGAGCGCUGUGGAACGGCAGCAAGCAGGAGGUGGUGGUGGAUACCAGUCUGGAGAGCCCAGCAGGUUUGGCAAUUGACUGGGUGACCAGCAAGCUCUACUGGACCGAUGCUGGCACGGAUCGUAUCGAAGUUUCUAAUGCUGAUGGGAGCAUGCGCACUGUCCUCAUAUGGGAGAACCUGGACCGGCCCAGGGACAUUGUCGUUGACCCAGUCGGAGGUUUUAUGUACUGGACCGACUGGGGCGCCAACCCAAAGAUCGAGCGUGCAGGAAUGGACGCCUCCAGCCGCAUUGUCAUCAUCUCAUCCAAUCUGACGUGGCCUAAUGGACUCGCCAUUGACUACGAGACCAAACGUCUGUACUGGGCUGACGCUGGCAUGAAGACUAUUGAAUUUGGCAAUUUUGAUGGUUCUGACCGACAGGUUUUGAUUGGCAGCCAGCUGCCUCAUCCCUUUGGCCUGACCGUACACGAGGACAAGCUGUACUGGACAGACUGGCAGUCCAAGAGCAUCCAGAGCGCCGACAAGCUCACCGGCUUGGGUCGACAAACACUGGCUGAAAACCUGGAGAACCUAAUGGACAUUCACAUGUUCCACCGACUACGCGAAACAGUGCGUAACCCGUGUUCGGUGAAUAAUGGAGGCUGCAGCCACCUCUGUCUCCUGGCUCCUGCUCCCAAAGCCUCCAGCUGUGCCUGUCCCACCGGGAUCAACCUGCAGACGGAUGGAAAGACCUGCACGCCUGGGAUGAGCAGCUUCCUGAUUUUUGCACGGAGGACAGACAUCAGGAUGGUUUCUUUAGAUAUCCCCUACUUCGCUGAUGUGGUUCUGGCCGUCAAUAGCUCCAUGAAGAACACUAUCGCCAUCGGUGUCGACCCCAAAGAAGGAAAAGUCUAUUGGUCUGACAGCACACUGAAGAAAAUCAGCAGAGCCAACAUUAACGGAAAAGCACAAGAAGACAUCAUAUCUACAGGCUUGAUGACGACUGAUGGCCUGGCGGUGGAUGCUGUUGGCAGGAAGAUCUACUGGACGGACACGGGAACCAACCGCAUUGAGGUUGCCAACCUGGACGGCUCCAUGAGGAAAGUUCUCGUCUGGCAAAACCUGGACAGCCCUCGAGCCAUCGCCCUCUACCAUGAGAUGGGUUAUUUAUACUGGACAGACUGGGGAGAGCAUGCUAAGCUGGAGCGCUCGGGGAUGGAUGCAUCAGACCGUGUGGUCCUCAUCAGUAACAACCUGGGCUGGCCCAACGGCCUGGCCAUCGACAUGGCCGGCUCACAGUUGCUGUGGGCCGACGCUCACACUGAGCGUAUCGAGUCGGCCGACCUGAACGGGCAGAAUCGCCGCACUCUUGUGACACCAGUCCAGCACCCUUACGGUUUAACUCUGCUGGGGCCCCACAUAUACUGGACCGACUGGCAGAGUCGCAGCAUCCAGCGAGCUGACAAGAACACCGGGACCAACACCAUCACGGUGCGAUCCAACCUGCCAGGCCUUAUGGACAUCCAGGCUGUGGACAGGGAGAGGCCACUGGGUUUUAAUAAGUGUGGCAGGAGGAACGGGGGCUGCACCCACCUGUGCCUGCCUCGUCCCAAUGGUACGUCCUGCGCCUGUCCCACCGGCAUCCUGCUCAAGGGAGACGGCAGGUCAUGUGACGACUCUCCAGAGACCUACCUUCUCUUCUCCAACCGCGUCAGUGUGCGCAGAAUCUCCCUGGACACUAAUGACCACACCGACGUGCACGUACCGGUGCCCGAGCUGCACAACGUCAUCUCACUGGACUACGACAGCGUAGACGGAAAACUUUACUACACAGAUGUCACUCUGGAUGUUAUAAGACGUGCAAACCUGGACGGCAGUGGAAUGGAGACGGUGAUCAGCCAGGGCCUGAAGACCACAGAUGGGCUGGCUGUAGACUGGGUGUCCAGGAACAUGUACUGGACCGACACUGGGCGCAACACCAUCGAGGUGGCCCGCUUGGAUGGCACGAGCCGCAAAGUCCUGGUAAACAACAGCUUGGAUGAACCCCGAGCCAUCGCUGUGUUCCCGAGCAAAGGGUUCUUGUUCUGGACUGACUGGGGUCACAUUGCAAAGAUUGAGCGAUCUCACCUGGACGGCUCAGACCGAAAGGUCCUGAUCAACACUGACCUGGGCUGGCCCAACGGUCUCACUCUAGACUACGACACACGAAGGAUCUUCUGGGUGGACGCCCACUUGGACAGGAUCGAGAGUUCGGACCUGAACGGGAAACUACGUCAGAUCCUCGUCAGUCCGGUGUCCCACCCGUUCGCCCUCACACAGUUGAAGCCGGUGUCCUCCCCUCUAACCCCUUUCUCCCGACUCUCGCAGCAAGACCGCUGGAUCUACUGGACGGACUGGCAGACUAAGUCCAUCCAGCGAGUGGACAAACACACCGGCCGUAACAAGGAAACCGUGCUGGCCAACGUGGAGGGCCUCAUGGACAUUAUAGUGGUAUCACCUAACAGACAGACAGGUACCAACCUCUGUGGGGUGAAUAAUGGCGGCUGCACUCACCUCUGCUUCGCCAAGACCAACAGUUUUGUGUGCGCCUGCCCUGAUGAACCAGAUGGGCGACCCUGCUCCACCAUUUCAGGUUACAUCCCCACCGCACCUGCCCGAGGAACCAGCAGCACUCCCGUCCCCAACAAUAUCCCCAAAGCUCCAACAGACACUCCACACAGAGGACCCUCACUGGUUAACUGCACUGGCAAGAACCUGAACGAAGAAGGCUGCGUAAGCAACGUGGUGACGGCUCCUCAUGGAGAAGGACUUCAUAUCAGCUAUGUGAUUGGUGGAGUUCUGACCAUCCUGGCCAUCCUGAUCCUCAUUGCUGCUUUGAUCAUUUACAGACAUAAAAAGUCAAAGUUUGCUGACCCGGGAGUGAGCAACCUGACCUACAGCAACCCCUCGUACCGGACGUCCACACAAGAGGUCAAGAUCGAGGCGUCACAAAAACCUCCAAUAUACAACCAGCUUCGAUAUAAGAAAGAGCUCUCUCAUCCCUACAACUCCCUCUCUCCCUUUAUCUUUUGACCCACUUGUCCCGUGGAGAGGGGGGAGUGGACGGAGGCUACACCAAGGAGAAGAUCCGCAUUGUGGAGGGCGUGUGUCUCCUCUCCAAUGAGGAGCUUUACUGGGAUGACCUAAAACAGAUCAAGCCGUCUCGAGGCGGCCUGCACACCUGCAUGCGCACAGACACCGUGUCCCUGCAGGCCAGCAGUGCUUCGCUAGACGAUGGCGAGACGGAGCAGCUCCUCCAGGAGGAGGUGUCCGAAUGCUCCUCCAUAACCACCCUGACCCCUUCAGCCAUCACCCCGCAGCGCCACGCCCAGCACAGCCUGCCCGACACCGGCUGGGCUUCCACGCGCAAGCCCUCCACCGAGAGCAAGUGUGAGGGAGGCCCCCUCCCCUCC